CCAGCCCAGGGCAGCAGAGGGGCCCGAGGCAGGCUCCAGCGGGGGCUGGAGGCGGGGCCGGCCGGGGCUCGUCAUCCGCGGCAUGGCGGGCAGCUGUGCGUGGGUGCUGCUGCAGGCUGCCCUGCUAGCCGCGGCCGAGCGGGAGCUGCACCUCAGGCCGCCCGCCGAGGCCCCCGUGCGGCUCUUCACCGAGCCAGAGCUCGCCAGAUACGAUGGGCAGAAGGAAGGACAGCCCAUUUACCUGGCAGUGAAGGGAGUAGUAUUUGAUGUCACUUCUGGGAAAGAAUUUUAUGGAAAAGGAGCCCCAUACAAUGCCUUGGUUGGAAAAGACUCAACAAGGGGAGUUGCAAAGAUGUCUCUGGAUCCAGCAGAUCUUACUCAUGACAUAACAGGACUCACAGAAGAGGAACUGAAGUCCUUGGAUGAUACCUUCAAUAAUGUUUAUAAGGCCAAAUAUCCAAUUGUCGGCUAUACUUCACGACGAAUUCUGAAUGAGGAUGGCAGUCCCAAUCUAGACUUUAAACCCGAAGAUCAGCCACAUUUCAGCAUUAAAGAUGAGUUUUAAGGACCAUUUUUGUACCUAGAGGGUGCCUGGGGAGAAGCAUGAUCUUUUCUGGAGUUCAUUACAGCAAUUAGCUAUCACAAAUCAGUUUUCUGUUUAGAAAAUACAUAUGUGUGUGUAUAUACACAUAAUUUAGAGGAAGGAAACAGAUCUGUAUCAGUGUCAUACGCCUGGGAUGUUUGCUCUGAAUUACGGGAAUUACUUAGUAAGAAAGUUCUUUCUGCCUGGAUUUCUCUGUUUACAAGUGUGUGAUGUAAAAUUACAUUCCUUACACGAGAUGAGGAAGUUUUUAAACAGUUGAAACAUGCCUGGUCUUUUUGUAAAUCUCAGAUUGCUUCCCACUCUUUGGAAAAGACUGCAUACAUUAUCUCCAUGAGCUAACAUUAAUUCUCUGUUUCAGAUGAGUCGAGGUAGCAUGUUUACAACCAAGUGUAUCAGAGGCUUAGAUUUUAAAAAGCAUUGUGGGAUUUAGUAUUCGACAGGUUUGAGAAUACUGGACAUAAAACCACUCAGACUGUUUAAAUACAGUUACUGUGGAAUAUUUGUGCAAAGGCUACAGCUGCAGUAAGAAACAAUAAGAAUAAACCUUUUUCCCCCAUGAGAUCUACUGUGACAUGUAAGACUACUAUUUUAUUAGUUUUGAAUAAAUGACACUUUAAAGUUUUUAAAA